AUGGCGCUUUCGAGGGAUAGCUCGACGCGGAAUUAUGGGUAUGGGGGCGUUAUGGAGAUUGGCGGGGUGCCGGAUGGGAAAGCGGCGGGGAUGAAUGCCAGUUCGAGUUUCGUGACGACGGGACUGCAGAUCUUGAGUCAGCAGUGGAUUAAUCCGUUGAAGCCUGCGUAUCAGUUCUAUGCCAUUACGCCGGAUGGAUUGAGUUAUAAGGGGGCGACGGGCCAGAAGGGGAUCCAGUAUAUUGUUGAUUCGGGCACGACGUUGAUGUAUGUCCCAACGGCGGACGCGGCGGCUAUCAAUGCGCUUUUUGUGCCGCCGGCGCAGCUGGAGCAGGGGAAUUGGUUGAUUGAGUGUAGUGCGAAGCCGCCUCAGGUUGGGGUGAGGGUUAAUGGGACGGUGUUACCGAUAAAUCCGGUGGAUCUGGUCUAUAAGAUUACGGAGAAUGGGACGACGUGUCAGAGUGGGAUUCAGGAUGGGGGAACGGGGCCGUAUAUUUUGGGAGAUGUGUUUAUGGUUAAUACGUUGUCUGUGAUUGAUGUGGGGAACUUGCAGAUGCGGUUUUCGAGUAGACAGUAUUAUGCUUGA